AUGUCAGUAGGAGCUGGGAAGGAGGGAGUGGGGCGAGCAGUUGGGCUCAGAGGCAGCAGAGGCUGCCAGGCGCUAGAGGAAGACCCUUUUCUGGACUGCAGGGCUGGCUCACGCUUGGGACAAGGCGGUGGCAGGCACUGGAGGCUGCCGCAGCCUGCGUGGGUGGACGGGCUCUCAACUCCAGGGAGCAGGCGACCUGCACCGGCUGCAUGGAUCUGCAAGCCUCGUUGCUGUCCACUGGCCCCAAUGCCAGCAACAUCUCCGAUGGCCAGGAUAAUCUCACGUUGGCCGGGUCACCUCCUCGAAAAGGGAGUGUCUCCUACAUCAACAUCAUUAUGCCUUCGGUGUUUGGCACCAUCUGUCUCCUGGGCAUUGUGGGAAACUCCACAGUCAUCUUCGCCGUGGUGAAGAAAUCCAAGCUACACUGGUGCAGCAACGUCCCAGACAUCUUUAUCAUUAACCUCUCUGUGGUGGACCUGCUCUUCCUCCUGGGCAUGCCUUUCAUGAUUCACCAGCUCAUGGGCAAUGGGGUCUGGCACUUUGGGGAAACCAUGUGCACCCUCAUCACCGCCAUGGAUGCCAACAGUCAGUUCACCAGCACCUACAUCCUGACUGCCAUGGCCAUUGAUCGCUACUUGGCCACCGUCCACCCCAUCUCUUCCACCAAAUUCCGGAAGCCCUCUAUGGCCACCCUCGUGAUCUGCCUCCUGUGGGCUCUCUCUUUCAUCAGCAUCACCCCCGUGUGGCUCUAUGCCAGGCUCAUCCCCUUCCCAGGGGGUGCUGUGGGCUGUGGCAUCCGCCUGCCAAACCCGGACACUGACCUCUACUGGUUCACUCUAUACCAGUUUUUCCUGGCCUUUGCCCUGCCCUUUGUGGUCAUCACUGCUGCAUAUGUGAAGAUCCUGCAGCGCAUGACCUCUUCGGUGGCCCCAGCCUCUCAACGCAGCAUCCGGCUUCGGACAAAGAGGGUGACUCGCACAGCCAUUGCCAUCUGCCUGGUGUUCUUUGUGUGCUGGGCACCCUACUACGUGCUGCAGCUGACCCAGCUGUCCAUCAGCCGCCCCACCCUCACGUUUGUCUACUUGUACAAUGCGGCCAUCAGCUUGGGCUAUGCCAACAGCUGCCUCAAUCCCUUUGUGUACAUAGUACUCUGCGAGACCUUUCGGAAACGCUUGGUCUUGUCCGUGAAGCCCGCAGCCCAGGGGCAGCUUCGUACAGUCAGCAAUGCUCAGACAGCUGAUGAGGACAGGACAGAGAGCAAAGGCACCUGA